AUGCAGAUACCGAUUACUCCCACCAACGCUGGUGACCCCCCAAGCAGUCAUGGCGCAACAGACAAGCCUCCUUGUACUUUUUCGAACCCAUGUCGUAAAUGCGAGAUCCAGAUGAUCCUUCGUGGUCAAUACCCUCGACAAAUGUCUGAUGAGCAGGCGUCGACUCAUCAAGGCGAGCACGACUGCUUUCAGUGCAAGAGCCAGGAGCACAGAUGCAAGCCCCUCUCCAAGGCCAAGGCCGAGGCUUCACACCAACUUAUUAAGGCAGCUGUGGAACAUUUUUUCUACGGACACUCAAUCAGCCAGUGGGAUGAUGCGGUUGAGAAGGCUAAGAUUGUUGUGAAGGCCGAGGCAUCGUCCUCAGCUCCAAACAUGUUGGCUGGGCGCCCUCUCAUACCUGCUUCGGAACGGGCAGUGUCCGCUAUCACUUUCAAGGUACCUUUCGAAAAUGCAACCAAGAUUGUCGAAGUUUUCCCCUCUGAGGAAACCAAGCUUGAUGCUGUCCCUCAAGGCGUGGCCAACAAUUUGGAGGUUGUCGUGAUGCAACAGAAGGCCAUGAUUAGUGCCUUGGUCAAGCAGCAGACUAUGAUGGUAAAUGCUAUGGUAGCCAAGAACGAAAAUUUGAUGUCUGUUGUUAAAGGUUUCCAGCGUGGGUUGGAGAAUAUGUAG